GUAGUGCCUCACUGUUCUACUUUAAGCUCAAAGAUAUGGCAGAGGGAGUCUGCCGAAGGAAUGCAGACACUCGCAGCUCAGUUCCCCUCGAUUGGUUAUAACACCAUGGAAAUAGACAUUGACAUGCCUUCGCCACUGGCAUCCCAGCCCCGGAGUUUGCUGACCUACUUUGAGUCAGAGCUUUCGAGCCAGAUUCGAUUAGCCGCCAUCCCAUUCCGUCCAGUAAUAUUCGCUCGCUCCGCCGGAGCUCUUAUCGCUCAGACAUAUAUCUCCUCCCAUCCCGCCUCAGCCUUAGUUCUGAUUGCACCUACACCUUCCACCUCAUGUGCAGAAGCCAAGGCUUUGCUACCGAACCUACAAGAAUUCAAUUAUGAGCCAAGAUUUCCGAUCUUAAUCCUCGAUAGUCCUGAAAGAGAGGAGGCCCAAAGAAAGGAAAAUAGGCUACUUCGGAAUGAGGCACCCGCGGUGGACUUCGUUUCAGUAAACAGCGUAGACGGACAAGGCGCUUUUGUCGAGAUACAGCGAUGGUUGGAUUCGAUUGGGGUUUAAAUUCCCCCAUGGAUUACUGUACAAGAUAUCACAGUACAAAAGUCCCUAUGCUCAACGUGGUUCCUACAGAACAUCGUAGAGUUGUGCCAGCAUUGAGCCGGAGUCGAACCAGAUGAGAGUAGACCAAAAUUGUCGGCACAAACAUUACCCCCAAUCCUACCAACGAGACAGUGCUGAUGAACCCCUCAUGAUGUAAUCCGUCGGGAAAGCCGCACCGCCACUACAAACGCGGCCGCGGGGCAACAAAAUAGAAUACAUAUAACAGCAACCGUUUGUUGGUGGUCGCGUCAAGGCCCCGUAGAUACACGUUGAUCCCCAACAGUUUCCACUGCCUCAAGGUACUUCGGAUUGUAAAUACCGCGACUAGCCUGUCG